CUGCUGCUGUCAUCCCUGAGCAGCAGCUGUACUCCGAGCUGCAUCCGUCUCCAUAGCAACGCGGUCAGAAGUCCCAAACAGAGACACUUUCCGCUCCGCUGCCAAGAUGUUUUCACAAACAUCACCUACACUCCUGACUCACGAUGUUGAAGAGACAGAAUCUGGUGUGACAACAGGCUACAAUCCAAUGAAAGCUAACAUCUCCCAGAUUCCUGGUCUGUCAGCCAUCACCAGCUUUCCCCACGAUGAGAACGCCCAAGGACGAAGACACAUAGUCCGUGACACUGACUCUGACUAUGUCAAGCUCGCCAAACAAGGAGGUCAAAAGGGACUUUUGUGGCACGAGGUAACAGUUGCUGCUAAACCUAAUGCAUACACACCUCCAAACUGGUUCUUCCAUCCGUCAGAGGACAACAGCAAACCAAGUCUCAUUAACACUGUGGAGAAGAAAAUCCCUGCAGUGUUUCAACCACUGGAACCUCCCUUCGGGAGUGACAGUAUGACGGCCUGGGAGAGGGGUGCUGGCAGCAACACCAGUCACAAAGAGAAGAACAACAACGGUCACUACGACCAGAAGGAGAAAUUGCUGCCACCCAACCAAAAUCUAGAGAUCAGCAAAUUCAGGAGGAUGGUUCACGACAAGAGACCAGCUCCGAUCGACAUGUCAAAGCUGUUGAGCUUUGGUUACGCAGACGAAGACAAACCUGACAUGUCAAAUUAGAAGACUGCCAGUGCAUGGAAAACUAACCUCUAACUAAUCCUCUCCUCCGACAUCCCUCCCCUCUUCACACCGUCAUGCUGAGCCACACCAAAUAUGUUACUUGUCAUGUGUCUUUUACUCAAGUGUGAAGGUGCAUCACUGAAAUAAUGUUAGGACCUUCUAUUUUUCAUGAAUGUUAGUGGCGUCUCAUUACCUGCGUUUCUUAAAUUAGGACGGCGCCAGAUGGAAAGGUCCUGUGUUACAAGUUUGUUUUUUUGUGUGUUUUUAAAUCUGUAAAAAAGCAGUUUUCAGGAAUAAAAAAUAGAGAAUUUCAACAAAAUUAAAA